AUCUCCUUCUUCUUAUCUGCUACAGCAAUUAUAUAUUUUUCUCCCCCAAGGCAAUUUCGGCGUGCUUUACUUACCAGCUGCCUGUUUUUUCUUCUCUUUCCUUGAAAAAAAAAACCAUCUUUAUUUUUGUUAAUUAGGGAAAAGAAAGAGUGCAUGUGAAGUCAGGAGUAGGAGAGGUUGGAAAAAAAUAGGGGGAAAAAAAGGAGAUAUAUAUUGAUGAAGGAUAGUUGAGAUAUAAGCAAGAAUUUGUGAGAGGCUAGUAGGUUCCCAAAUCCCUAGCCCUAAUCUCCUCACGUGCUCGUGAGCUCUCAUCGGUGGAUACGAAUUUCCGCGGCUUUGUGUUAGAGUUUUUGGUGAUACAAGAAACGUGUUCUUGGCCAUGGAGGUGAGGUCGGAGCAAGGGCUAAUGGCGGGGAGGGAUCUGUUCGGCAUGCCGAAGAGCCCGCCGGCGGCGGCCGCGGCGCCGCCGCAGAGCGUGCGCAUGGCGUACACCUCGGACGGCACCCCGGUGUUCGCCCCGGUGAGCGCCGCGGUCUCGGCGCCGCCGGGUUACCAGCCGGGUGGCGCCGCCGGUGGCAAUGGCGCGGCGGCGCUGGCGGACUCCGGCGGGGAGCCCGUGGCCAAGAAGAAGCGCGGGCGGCCGAGGAAGUACGGCCCCGACGGGUCCAUGUCGCUGGGGUUGGUGACCUCGCCGACGGCCGCCGCGUCGACGCCGGUGGCGCAGGGCGUCCCAGGGCCGUUCUCGCCGACGCAGCCGAAGCCGCCGGCGAGCUUCUUGUCGUCGGGGUGGCCGGACGGGGUGAAGAAGCGUGGCCGGCCCAAGGGUUCUACCAACAAGCCGCGCAUCGACGCCGUCGGAUCGGCGGGAGUUGGAUUUACACCACACGUUAUUACAGUUCUAGCUGGAGAGGAUGUGUCUGCAAAGAUUAUGUCGUUUGCUCAGCAUGGAAAUCGUGCGGUUUGUGUUCUUUCAGCAAAUGGUGCCAUAUCAAAUGUAACACUUCGCCAAACUGCUACUUCAGGUGGAACAGUAACAUAUGAGGGCCGAUUCGAGAUACUAUCGCUGUCUGGCUCUUUCCUUCUAACCGACCAUGGAGGCCAGCGUAGUCGAACUGGGGGACUCAGUGUUUCACUGGCUGGUCCUGAUGGUCGUCUGUUGGGAGGCGGUGUUGCCGGACUUCUCAUAGCAGCUACUCCAGUCCAGAUUGUGGUUGGAAGCUUCAAUUCUGAAGGGAAAAAGGAGCCAAAGCAGCAUGCUCAUUCAGAACCCGCAUCCGCGCCAUCGAAAGCCGUGCCGACGGCCGGGAUGGGACCCAACAGCCCACCUUCAAGAGGCACAUUGAGUGAAUCCUCAGGUGGAGCUGGAAGCCCAUUGCAUCCAGGCAUUGCUCCUCCCAGCAGCAACAGCCAGCCGCCAUUCUUGUCUAGCAUGCCAUGGAAAUGAAAUGAGACCUUUUCAUCCUUCACCAAACCUGGACUCUGAAUCUCUGAUAGACUUUGUCGAUGAACUGCAUCUUCUGCCAGAAAGUAGUAGCAACCGUUGCCACACGUUUUCUCUAACUAGCUCCUAUGAUGUAGUGUAAAUCUGAAGUUUAAUUAGGGGAGAAUUUGUAGCUGGUAAGUGUAGCUGUCGUGUAGGUUUCACCCUGGAUUUAUUAUGUAUUAGGUAGGUAGUGGUAUCUUGAGAGACAUAUGAUCAUGUUAUCCUAAUGUCCUAUAUGCAAUGUUAUCAAAGAUUAUUGUUAUUAUUAUGGCCUCUAGUUACAUCAAA